AUGUCCGAUCCCAGCGGUAGUGGGCCGUCUUCGACCCACCACCCGCCAGCAUCGGCAGCGCCAACCGAACCGCCCCGCGUCUUGUACAGGUUAAGCUACGUCGCAUACAAGUGGUGCAAGGCUCUGCGCAACAAGCUCCCUCCCCGCUCCCUCAUCAUAGACGUCGAUCUCCAGCGCCUCGACUACUGCCUAGACCCAAAGAAGUGGCUGCGCCAUGAAAGGAAUGACGCUCACCAAGCCACCCCGCCCGACUUCGAGCGCCAGGACGAUGCCCCGCGCUACCGGGCCACCGAGAGGGACCUCCAGCAGGUCCGCAGGGCCCUCUGGCACCACGACGAUCAAGAACAAGGCUCAUCAAGCCAAUCCGCAGAAAGGGUCGUCACCCUCUGGCUAGUCCAAUCCGGCAAGGAAGGAUUCAGCUGCAUCGCCAUGGCGGAAGACGACGUCUACCGCAUCCUCCGCGCCGUCUUCCCGAGGCUCGCUCAGUCGGAAAGCGCCAGCAAGUCGCUUGACGACCUCGUUGCCCGCAUCCCGCCGACCGAGACGUUCGAGUGGGCACCUCAGGGUGCUACGGCACCCCUCCAUCCCAAAGCGUACCGGCUUCGCUCCGCACCCAUCAUGAAGCCGCUCCGCGAGCUCGGCGACUUCAAAGCGCUCACCAAGCUCGUCGGAGCGGCCAAAAAGUCGGCCGACGAGCACGACUCAGCCACCCACGGGGCCGCCGAGUUCGAAAAGGUCCAAGACAUCUGGUACACGGGCGGCUGCUCCUUUAUCGCCAUCGACACCGAGUCAUGGGAGAAGGGCGAGGCCACCGACCUCAUCGAGAUCGGCUGGAGCAUCAUCGAGCGUCCGCAUGGCACGCGCGACGAGCGCGGUCCGCCCUUCUGGACGCAAAAGACCGAGCACCGCAUGAUCUUCGAGUACCUCGGCAUGUCCAACGGCCGUUACGUGGCCGACGCGCGCGGCGGCUUCCUCUUUGGCGACGACGCCAAAAUCGUCACCGACUCGCCAGGCGGCUUCGUCAAGUCGACGACCACCUGGCUGCCCCGCGUCCGCGUCGACGAUGACACCGUCUCGUGGGAGGUCGGCGCCAUCUGGCCCAACAAGACCCAGGUGCAGGACAUGCAGCAUGUUGCUUCGGAGCUCGACGAGACGAUCCGCAGGCUCAGGCGCAAGGGCCCCGUCUACGUCGUCUUCCACGACUACUCGGCCGACAUCAAGCUGCUGCGCCACCUAGGCCUCUCGACGUCAGGCUGGCAGAGCUUGUGGAACAUGGGCGGCUCGGGCAAGAACCCCGGCCGCGCAGACGCCGCGCGCUUCCACCGGGCUGUCGGAGGCGAUGAGAGCGACUCUGACGAAGACGAUGACAACGACGGCGACGACUACGACGACGCCCCCACCAUGCCGGAUCUGGGCAAGUCUGAAGACGCCGGCCUCGCACCCGUCGUCGUGCUCGACACGCGCCGCCUGUUUGCCGUGCUCGAGGGCCGCUCGGUCAAGAUGGGCACCAAGCUGGGCCGCAUGACGUCGGUGCUGACCGACAUCGGCCCGGGCUCCGGCGGCGGGGGCAUCAUUGCCGGCCUGCACAAUGCGGCCAACGACGCCUUCUACACCCUCCUCAGCCUCGGCGCCAUGGCGUCGGGACCGCCGCUGCUGCAGCACCGCCAGAAGAUCCAGAAGAGGAUCGAUGCGGUCGAUGCCAAGCGCGCCAAGGCGCUCGAGCAGAGCAAGAAGGACAAGGAGGCGUGGCAGGCCCAGGGCAAGGCCAAGGCGCAGCCGGGCGACGAGCACAAGAAGCGCAAGCUCGACGAGCAGGCGGCCCACAGCGGCUGGGGUGCCUCCACGACAUCGUCGUCGUCGCCGCGCGGCAGCCGGCCCGGCUCGACGAGGCCCGACGGCAGGCGGCCGGAUUUUCGGCAUGAGGAACAGGCGGUGGCUGAGAGCAGUGCCGACGAACGAGACGACGACCACGAUAGCCAUGGCGAUGCCGCCGAGGCGCGCAUGGGCAGGGACGGGGUGUCGUGGCGCCGCCGCGACGACGAGGACCGUCUCGAUGCGGCUCCUGGCCGUCGCAGGGACGACGACGGCGCGCCGAGGGAGGCUCCGGACUGGCGGAGAGACGCCACGACGUCGUCCCGCGCCCCACCGCCGCAUCUCGAGUCUCGCUCCGCAAGCACCGCUCGGCCUGUUCCUCUUUCCCAACCCGCAGCUGAACCGAUCCCCGCACCGAUACACACGCACGACCACCAAGCCCAAACAAACGCCCAACCUUACAACAACUACAGCGUCCCCGCCCCUGCGCCAGCACCGGCGCAGGGACCGGCAACCAUGUCGCCGGAAGCCGAGCACCGGAUCAAGAUGCUCGAGAUCCAAGUGGCCAACCUGAGCAUGCAGCUCGAGGCGCUCACCAAUGCCGUUUUGACGACGGCGCGCACCAAUGCCGCGCUGACGCAGCUGCAGAGCCUCUUCCCGAGCCACGGCGGCAUGUCGAGCGCCUCGUCGUCGAUCGCCUCGCCUGCUCCGUCGCUACCCACUCCCCAUCCUCCUCUGCCGCCGCCGCCGCCGCCGCGGCAGCAGCAGCAGCGUUCGCCAACUCCCUCCGCAUCCACCUUCGAGGCGGCGCACGCAUCGCAUCCGAUCCAUGCCUUCGGGCACAUCGAGACGGAAACGGAGCAGGACUCCUAUUCGGACUCGCCACGAACCUACCCGCGUACCGCCGCGCCUCCCCACCUCAUCGGCAAGGUAUCCGCCGCUGCCCCGGUGCCCGUGCCGGUGCCCGUGCGACGAGCACUACAAGAGCGACCGUUCACACCGUCCUCGUCGUCGUCGUAUGCCCCCUCUUCCUCGCCCUCUUCUCCGGGCGGAUCGGGCGCCGAACGUCCUGUUCCCGCCCCCUCCCCCUCUCCCUCGACGGCGACGGCGACGGUGACGGUGGUGCGUAAACCCCUCACUGCUUCGGCGGGUGUGGGACAGGUCAAGACCAAACUGCACCCCGCUUCUUCUCCUCCAGCUACCUCCUCGGCGAUCAAGAAGGUAUCGAACGACCCUCGACCCGCCAAACCGACGACGAAUACGGGCAAGACAUCCACCCCAACCGCGCCCAUUUCGAAUCCGCCCUCGUUCGUAAAGACGGCCGCAGCCGCGUUGAAGUCGACUACCACCACCACCAAAUCGAACCCGACGGCCGUGGCGGCCGUCAAGAGCAGGACCAAGUGGCAGCCGACAACUCCUGCGCUGUCCAAUGAUGAGGCUGAGGCGCAUCGACUCUGGAGCUAG